AAGAAUUCUGGUCUGGGAGACUCUUUUAGUGUGGGAAGAGCUGACUCUGGACAUGAUCGUUGACGCUCUUACAAAAAUUACCAGCGAUCCCAAGUACAAAGAAAAUGUAUUGAGGAUGUCAGUUCCGCUGAGGGAUCAACUUAUACCGCCCAAGGAACUGGCAGUGUUCUGGACGGAGUACGUCAUCCGUCACAGAGGUGCUCCUCAGCUGAGGUCACCAGCGGCACAGCUCUCCUGGGUGGAGUUCCUCAUGCUGGACGUGAUCUUCCUCCUCCACCUGACUGUCUUCAUCACCUUCUUUAUAUUACGUCGAAUACUGAGAGCCAUCUGUGCUAUACCUUUUGGUAGUGAAGAAAAGACGAAGAAGAAGAAGAAGAAAGACUAAGAAUUAGUAAGAUAUGUUUGUUAAAUGAGAAAAUCUUCCGUAAAUAGGCUUAAAUUUGAAGUAUUGUGGAUUUGUAUACUGAACAUGACUCAUGAAAUCACAAUAACAAGAUUGAAAGCAAAUCAUGGAAUGGGUGAGGUUUGAACUCAUAGCAAGUAAUACUUAAGACUCUGAGUUCUAGGACUCGCUUUGGGUUCAGUCCCCACUAUUUCCAUUAUUUAUAUACUAAACAUUUAUCGCCGGCAGAAAAAUUGCAAUAUCCCCAGUUCUUCAGUUUUAAUAAAUCAUUCAAUACAAAAAUUAAGUAAUGAAGAUAAAGCUGAAAUUGAAACUCAACUUAUAUGAUGGGCAAAUACAGGUUGACUCACAGGCAGCCAGAUACUUUUGCAAAAAUUUUUUUAAGACACAUUAGACUUUAUGUUUGGUAGCAGCAUUUUGUCUCCCUUUGAUAAUCUCGUUUAACUGUAUAUAUGUUUUUUCUCGGGUGUUCUUACUCUUGAUUUUUGUUUACCUUAUGUUCCAGCAUAUAAGGCACACGAUCACAUACCAGACGAUGUUUCCAAGCAGUUGUAAUGU